AACCCUACUCAGAUUUUUGUUUCUCGUCUUUCCCCUUUUAUUUCUCUCCGACAAAGAUACGCAGAGCAACCUUUAACUGAUGGCGAGCAAAACGGAAGACCCGACCAGUCUGACGGUGGCAGCCCAGAAGAAGGAAGUAGAAGAGGAGGAAUCUGCGACAGCCGGAGCACCCGGAACAGAAGAUGAGGACACCGGAGCCCAGGUGGCCCCCAUUAUCAAACUCCAAGAAGUCGCCGUUGCUACCGGCGAAGAAAAUGAGGACGUCCUCCUUGAUCUGAAGGCGAAGUUGUAUAGAUUUGAUAGGGAAGGGAACCAGUGGAAAGAGAGAGGUGUGGGAACUGUGAAGCUUCUCAAGCACAAGGAGACUGGAAAAGUUAGGCUUGUCAUGAGGCAGUCCAAGACUCUCAAGAUAUGCGCAAAUCAUCUUGUGCUCCCUUCAAUCUCUCUUCAAGAGCAUCAUGGAAAUGACAAGUCAUGUGUGUGGCAUGCGGCUGAUUUUGCUGAUGGGGAGUUAAAAGAGGAGACUUUUGCUAUUCGGUUUGCAUCUGUCGGUGGUAAGUUUUCUGGUGGUUUUUAACAGUUGAUAAAUGGGAUUCUGAAUU